AUGGCCGACGAAAUACCACAUCAUGUCAAUGAUGGUAGGAACUCCGAGAGGAAUAUGGAAGCACAAAGCGCAUUUGCGUCUACUUUGGUAGUAGAUGUCGAGAAGUCUCUGCAUAGCAAAGGAGCCGAUCCCAGCAAGUGUUCCACAAGUUCGAAUGGCAUAUCUGUUAGCACUCCUACGAAUCAGGCCGGCAGUAAUGCAGUCUACGCUGCCAAAGCACAACUGCUGAAUCAGGCGUUGGUGGACAUGAAAAUGGGCCGAUACCAAUGGGUACUCUUCAUCAUCACCAGUGUAGGAUGGUUUCUUGACAGUUUCUGGAUAAUGUCAUUCGUCGUUAUUGCCCCGUCAGCCUCGAAUGAAGCCCAGUUCUUCUUCCCCGGAGAUAAAUCGUCCUAUCUGUUCGUCAGUCUGGCCGUCGGCCUAACGGUUGGCGCAACUGCCUGGCCAUGGAUGUCAGACAUCCUGGGCCGUCGGUGGAUCUUCACAAGCACAAUCGUCCUUAUGGGCAUGGGAGGACUUGUCGGUGCCGGCAUGCCUUCCUUUACCGGUCUCUGUGUCGUCGGCUUCGUGGUAGGCUUUGCUGUCGCAGGUAACCAGCUAGUCGAUGCCAUCAUCCUGAUAGAGUCGCUUCCGGCUUCCCAUCAAUUCUUGGUUACCGUACAAGGGGCGUUCUGGGGCUUGGGCCAGCUAGUCUCAGCCGCGGUUGGAUGGGCGUUCAUAGCAGGAUAUACCUGCGGCACCGGCCUCGACGCAAUCAGCACAUCACAAGCUCUAUCAACCCACUCCUCCCGCGCCGAAGGAUCAACACAAUCAAGCCAGAGCAGCACAUCCUGCCAUUACGUUUCCAACAAAGGCUGGCGAUACCUAUGGUGGACAUUCGGUUGCAUCACACUGUUCCUCUACCUCUGUCGCUUCGUAUUUCCCUUCCGCGAGACACCCAAAUACCUCCUCUCCAAGCGCCGCGACGCCGAAGCCGCCCAACUAGUCAACAACAUAGCCACAUAUAGUAAACGCGGUACCUGGCUCAGCGAAACCUCCUUCGCAAGGGUCGACUCAACCAUUGACGCCACCGAAUCCCGUCGAACUCCACGUCUCCGCUCCCUUAUCUUCGCCCUUCAGCCCACCGGCCUCCCCAUUCUCUGUCUCCUCUGGGCCCUAACAGGCCUCACAUUCCCCCUCCACAAAACCUCCCUCACAGCCUACCUCGCCUCAACCCACAACAUCGCCCCCAUAACCGCCACAACAGUAACAACCCCCUACCUCUACACCCACUACCUCUACACAUCCCUCUGCGCAAUCCCCGGCCCCAUCAUAGCAGGUAUGCUCAUCCAAACAAAACCCUUCGGCCGCAAACGCACCGGCUCCGCAAUCGCCCUUCUCACCGGCUUAUUCAUGCUCCUUGCCACACUGGCUCGAUCAAGAAACGCCCUCUUGGCUUUUGAAUGCGUCCUUUCUUUCCUGCAAUUUGCGGACUUGGCGGUUUUGACGACGUAUACGGUUGAGAUCUUUGCGGCGCCAGUUCGGGGCUUUGGGGUCGGUGUUAUGGGGUUCUUUUGGGGAGUUUUUGGACUUGUGGCGAUGAUUGCGAAUACUUUUGCUGGGGAUGUUGUUGCGGGAGGUGCGGCGGUUUGGUUUUGUGGUGCUGUUUGGGUUGUUAUGAGUGGUGCUUGGUUGACGUUGAAUGAGACGAGGGGUUUUGCUGCUGCGUAG